AUGGAUAGUAGACCUUCUCUUGGCCCUUUGUUUCUCCUUCUUGGUCUUAUUUCACUUUUGGUGAAAUGUUACUCAUCUUCGGAAGAUAAUAUGAAGACUUACAUUGUCUACACUGGAAAGAUCGUAAACGAUGAAGCGUCUUCGCUGAUCAUUUACCAAAAUAUGUUAAAUCAAGUUUCUGAGAGUAAUUCAACAUCAAAAUCUAUACUCUACCAAUACAAACGUAGCUUCAGUGGCUUUGCUGCCAAGCUAACUGUGGAAGAAGCUCGCAGAAUGGCUGGACUUGAUGGGGUGGUGUCUGUAUUUCCAAAUGAAAAGAGACAACUCCUGACAACCAGAUCUUGGGAUUUCAUAGGAUUUCCAGAAUAUGUCGAGAGAGAAUACAAUGAAUAUGAUGUCAUAAUUGGAGUGAUAGAUUCUGGAAUUUGGCCGGAAUCAGAAAGCUUCAAUGAUAAAGGAUAUGGUCCACCACCAAGCAAAUGGAAGGGCACUUGCCAAUCUUCUGAUUUUACAUGCAACAACAAAAUAAUUGGGGCCAGAUAUUAUAGAAAUGAUUAUGGAGAAGACUUCUUGAAAAAUAAUAUCUUAUCCCCAAGAGACACAACUGGGCAUGGGACGCAUACAGCAUCAACAGCGGCUGGAAACCCUGUUAGCAGGACAAGUAUGUUAGGCCUUGGCCAUGGAACAACAAGAGGAGGGGCUUCCUCAGCAAGAAUUGCGGUUUAUAAAGUAUGUUGGUCUGAUUCAUGUCAGGAUGUGGACAUUCUUGCUGCGUUUGACGACGCUGUUAUUGACGGAGUUGACAUAUUAUCCGUCUCUAUUGGAGGAAAGUCAGCUGAUGAUAGUAUCCAUUUUAUGGAUGCAAUCUCAGUUGGAUCAUUCCAUGCAAUGAAAAGGGGAAUACUAACUGUAUCUGCGGCAGGGAACUUCGGUCCAAAAAGUUCAUCCCUAGCAAAUUUUUCACCUUGGGCCAUUAGUGUUGCUGCAAGCACCAUGGAUAGAAAAUUUGUUACAAAGGUCAAAUUAGGAGAUAACAAAAUUUAUGAGGGUACUUCUUUGAAUACAUUUGACCUUCAGGGAGAAUUGUGGCCUAUUAUCUAUGCUGGUGAUGCACCAAAUAAGGAAGCAGGCUUCAAUAAAGAUUCAUCCAGGAAUUGCUCAGCCAACUCAUUGGAUAUCAAGAUGGUGAAGGGUAAAAUUCUUUUAUGUGAAGAUAGUAUAGAAUCUUCUGAAGCCGGUAGAGUUGGUGCUGUGGGUAUUUUGGUACAAGGUCAAAAAUUUAUCGAUACCGCAUAUUCUUAUCCCUUGCCUGGAUGUUACCUUCAUUCGAAGGAUGCCGCCAAAGUAAAUCAGUAUAUACACUCUACCAGGAACCCGGUAGCAACUAUAUUUAGAACGUAUGAGGCAAAUGAUACUUUGGCACCUAUGGUCGCCACUUUCUCGUCAAGGGGUCCUAAUAAUGCUACACCUGAGAUUCUAAAGCCUGAUUUAGUUGCUCCUGGAGUAGACAUUUUAGCCAGUUGGUCUCCAAUUGUUCCAAUUUCUGAAAUUCAUGGUGAUAAAAGAAAAUUGAAGUUCAAUUUUGUGUCUGGAACAUCAAUGUCGUGUCCCCACGUUUCUGGUGCAGCAGCAUAUAUAAAAUCCUUUCAUCCUACAUGGUCUCCUGCUGCUAUACGUUCAGCUCUAAUGACGACAGCCAAACAAUUGAGCCCAGACAAGAAUCCUGACGCAGAAUUUGCGUAUGGAGCUGGACAAAUUGACCCAAUAAAGGCUUUGAAUCCUGGCUUAGUAUAUGAUGCAAAUGAAGAAGAGUAUAUUAGGUUUUUAUGUGGUCAAGGUUUAAAUAUGGCUAUGUUACUCCAAAUCACAGAGAGGAUAAUCAAUUGCUCUGAGAUUGGAUAUAUGAUACCAAGAGACCUAAAUUAUCCUUCCUUUGCUUUUAAAGUCCCACGGCCCAAACAUCACUUGAACGCAAACGUUAAAAGGACUGUUACAAAUGUUGGGCUUCCUAAGUCUACGUAUAGAGCAUUUGUAACCGCUCCUAAAGGAUUUAACAUUUCAGUGAUCCCCAACGUGUUAUCGUUCACAUCCUUGGGAGAGAAACAAACAUUUACACUCACUGUAAAUGGAAAAAUGAAGAAAUCAAUUGGCUCAGCUUCUUUGAUUUGGGGCGAUGGUAAAUAUCAAGUGAGGAGUCCCAUUGUUGUUUUUGAUGAGCGAGCGGUGAACGGAAAGGGUGCCAAUUUAUAUAGGAUAGAUUGCAUAUGCAUUGUAAUUUUUAAUUUCCUAUUUUACAUUAUUAUUAAUGGAUAA